AUGCAUGCUGGGGCUUGUAGUCGGCGCUCUCGCGGGCCGGCGGCAGUAUGCUUUCUUGGGAUUGGCCGACGCGCGAGGGGAACUCUGCGCGGAGCCAAUGAGGGAGCGGGGUGUUGGGGAGUCACGGUCUCCGGGACACGGUCCGGCGCCGACCGCUCUGGUCCCGGCCUGGGAGAGCCGCCGCCGCCUCAGGGCGCUCCGUCCCGGAUGGCCGCGAUCACUCGGGCGCAGAGAGCGCCCACGGGCGGAGGAGAGGGACGCGGCGAUGCUCCCCGUUGGAGAACCAUCACAGCCGGGCGCAGCAUCCUUCCUCACUCCUGUAGUGACCUUUCUGUGGUUGACACAAAGUUGGAGAAAACUGGAAGAGCUCCGAGCUGCUGCAGCAGAUUCCUAAAGGUGCGCAACGAAAACGUACAUGGAAGCCAGCCGUGCCAGACAUCAGGAAGUGCUGUGCAGACAGUGAGCAGACACGUAGCAAAGAGCACUUCAGGUAGCGCUUCCCACGCACGGUCGAGCUCAGCUCUGAGGAAAGUGGCACAACUAGAAAGCAAAAUCAUGAAUCGAAAAAAGCAGAUGGAAUUGCAAAACACUGACUUGGGCCAGAAGCCUUUGGAUGAAGGAUCCUUCUCAUCUGCUUCCAGUCAUGAACACAGUGCAAGGGGCAAGAAAUAUCUGAAGAAGUAUGCUACUGCCAGGGGAAUUAUAGCCCUCACUACUGCCUGCUCUAAGGAAGAGAAAAGUGUCCAAAGCCCUAAAAUGAAUGUUAUGGUUAAACAGCAGCUCGGUUUGGAUAGUGAUGAAGAAGAAAGGAGAGAAUUGAUGGAGGGCUCUUUGGAGUUUUCCAGCAGACAUGAGAAUCAGAGGAUUGUUAGUAAGACUCGAGUUUCAUCAGGAAUACCUCCUCCACCUCAUAAGGAAAUUUCACUGACAGAGGUAUCUAAAACAUCUUUUCGUAGCAAAGACUCAGAGAAAAACAUUUGUGGUAGAGUUACUUCAUCAACACCUUCACCAGCCAGCAGAAACCUGUCGGUACAACGUAAUAUGAACUCUCAAUUGCUGUCUUUUUCCCUGAAAGACAAUACCGUAAAGAUUACUCUGCCUCAAACAGGCAACAUCAAACAAAGCCAAGUAUCACUUGAAAGCGACAGCAGUGAAAUCAAAUCACUAGAUGAAUUAUUUUCAAAAGCAGCUGAUGCAGAAGAUUCAACACACAGCAGCUCAGAUGACUUCAGACUGAAUAUCUUGAGCCUUGAUGAUUUGGCACCAAAUAUCAGCAGUGAGACAGCAGAAUUAAAGCAGAAAGGGACAGACAUUCAAAUUACUCAAGAAUCAAACAGAAAUCCAAAAAAAGAUAAGUCCCUGGUAGAAAAGGACCAAGCUUCUCUUACUGGUGCAGUAACUGGUGUGAAUGAUGUUUCUGAAGGGGAUAUUGAAAAAACUGUGAGUGAAGCUGAAAUCUCUGAGCAUUUAAGUGGAGUUUCUGCAGAUUUUCCUAGACACAAACAGGAUUACCUUGAUGAUGCUGAGAGAACUGUUAAUUCAGAAUAUUCUGAAGACUUUGAAAGGUUUCUGUCUACAACAGACAGGGAAUCUGUAUCAAAAAUGUCAGAGGAAUGUUCUGAGAGCUGCACAUAUUCUGGAAAACACCCAUCUUCAGCAUUGUCACCUUUACGCGCCAGAGAGAGGCAUGACCAGGUCCACAGAGUAACUGUCAAAGAAACUGCAGCUCAGACAGUGGAUCCUCCAUUCACCUACUGCUGGUCAAAGACAAACACCACUGCGGUACUCGACCCAGCUGUAGGGAACAGUUACAUUGAUCCAGUUCCUGUUGCCAGUCACAUCAUCAGCACGGAUGCAGUAGAAGCCUUGACGGCAUACAGCCCAUCCGCUCUGGUUUUAAAUGCCAUGUUGAAACAGCACUUGCUGUUGACUCAGCAGUUUGUAGAAAACAUUCACUACCUUCACCUGUCCCUUGUGGAGUCCCUGGAGAAUGAGAAGUUCCACUACCAUACCCUGGAAGAGGCUAAAGAGUACAUCAAGAAUCACAAAUCCCCACCUCUAACCCUUGAGCAAGCACGUGAAGAAAUUCGGAAAGCACAGGAGGAAAAAAUGCUUUGACUCCUGGAAGUUUUUAAGUAAAAUUUACAUUUACAGAUCUCAAGCCGGAACAAGAAACCCUUCCAACCUGCACAGACAAAAAGUUAUAAACUAUGUAUCAGAAGGAUUUGUACUAACUUUGUAUCUUAUUGUACAUAAUUUAUUUUACACUAAUGUACAUGAUACAGAGAUGGGCAGGAACCUUCAGCCAGACUAUGUCAGCGUUCAGCAAAAAAGAAACCAAGACAAGACUUCUCUUAAAGGAUCAACAUGCUUCUCUUGUAGCUUGUGAGAUCUGUGAUCACAUCUGAUCAUGGUAGAAAUCUACACUACAGCACCCAAGGAAUAUGAUCACAGUAGAACAAUACCAUAUCCUGACUUUAGUGCCAUAUUUAAACAGUGUUCAUGUAGAAAUAACCUUCUCAGAUUAGUACAGAACCAAACACACGCAAAGUUAAGAUACAUUCGAUACAAGGAAGGCUUAUAGCCAAUGCACUGGAAUCCAUUUACUCUGAAAUAAUGAGCCACUGUUUUAUUUUUAUUUAAAAAAAAGUGUUUAUUGGAAGGCAAAACAAUAAAAUUCACAAGUUGAUAACA